AUGCAGUCGUUGAUCGAUUUCGAAACUGAUUUUUUCAAUCUUAUUUCUCCGUCGAGGAAGCGGUUUCGUUCAGGGUCGAAUAGAGCUACGAAUGUCACCUUGCAAUGUCAUCGUGUUACGAGAGAACAGCGAGGAAAGGCGGUAGGUAAAUACCCGGGCUUCAAGGGCUGCACCGUAUGGUUCACGGGCUUAAGUGGUGCUGGCAAAACAACAAUCUCGUUUGCCCUCGAAUACAUUUUGAAUACUCUUGGCCUGCCGUCCUAUGGAUUAGACGGAGACAAUAUGCGUCAUGGCGUGUGCAACAACUUGGGAUUUUCCUCUGAAGACAGAGUGGAGAACAUCAGGCGCGUUGCUGAGGUGGCAAAGCUGUUUGCUGAUGCUGGCAUGAUUUCGCUGGCGUCGUUUAUCAGUCCAUUUUCAAAGGACCGGGAACAUGCCAGGAAAAUCCACGAGGCUGACGGACUUCCGUUCAUUGAGUGUCAUGUUGAUACUCCAUUAGAGAUCUGUGAAAGCCGAGAUCCAAAGGGCCUUUAUAGCAUGGCUCGUUCAGGUCGGAUUUCAGAGUUCACUGGAAUCAACUCGGUCUAUGAAAUCCCUAAAAGACCAGAACUGACAUUGCAUGCCGGCGUGAACACGGUAUCGCAGUGCGUUUACCAGGUUCUGCAGUACCUUGUAGCAAAGAAAGUAGUGCCACAAGAAGCAAUUAAUGAACUUCGUGGCCGAGUCAAGCCAUUAUUCGUCGCUGAACCGGAGCGGGCGUCUCUUCUUUCGACCAUUCAUGAUUUUCCACAUGUAUCAUUAACAAAGGUUGAUCUGCAGUGGCUUCAAGUGCUGGCCGAAGGUUGGGCAACUCCAUUAAACGGUUUCAUGACCGAACGCCAAUAUCUUCAGUGUCUGCACUUCGGUCAGUUGCUAGAGGAUGGCGGCAUUAAUCAGUCAAUACCAAUCGUACUACCUGUCGACGACCAGGCGAAGAAGGUUAUCGAAAAGAGUGGUACAUCGUCCGUCGUCCUCGAAUACCAAGGUGAGCCAGUGGCCAUGUUGCAGACUUUCGAAAUCUACUCUCAUCGCAAGGAGGAACGAUGCGCUCGUCAAUUCGGCACCGUCAACGUCAUAAUGGAAUCAGGAGACUGGCUACUUGGUGGCCCUCUGAAAGUAUUCAAACGGAUUGUGUGGAAUGAUGGCUUGGAUGAGUAUCGAUUGACACCACUGGAAAUCCGCCAGAAGCUAGCCAAACUUGGCGCAGACGCCGUUUUUGUGUUCCAGCUUCGAAACCCGGUUCACAAUGGUCAUGCGUUGCUCAUUUCGGAUACUAGAAAGCAUUUGCUUGAAGCUGGUUACAAGAAACCGGUUCUGUUACUUCAUCCGAUAGGAGGUUGGACGAAGGAUGACGACGUUCCUUUAGACGUGCGAAUCAAGCAGCAUGAGGCAUUGCUCGAAGAAGGCGUGCUUGAUCCUGAAAGUACGAUUUUGGCCAUCUUUCCGUCGCCCAUGCUCUACGCCGGUCCAACCGAGGUGCAGUGGCACGCUAGGGCUAGAAUCGCUGCCGGUGUUCACUAUUAUAUUGUCGGGCGCGACCCGGCGGGCAUUCAGCACCCUGACACAGGGGAUUACUUGUACGAUCCUUCCCACGGUCGAAAGGUUCUCACAAUGGCACCGGGACUGUCGUCCCUCGAAAUUCUGCCCUUCAAAGUUGCUGCUUAUAACAAAAUUAGUCGAAAAAUGGAGUACUAUGACCCGGAGCGAAAGGAAGAGUUUGACUUCAUAUCGGGAACUCGCAUGCGAAAGUUGGCAAAGGAAGGUCAAGAUCCUCCCGACGGAUUUAUGGCUCCAAAAGCUUGGCUGAUUUUAUCGAAUUACUACAGAAAUUUGCAUAAGAGUGCUGAGUCUUAA